AUGCCGAAGCGAGUACGUACAUACUCGCUGGUAGACAAGACAGUCUAUAGCAAACUGAAAAUUCUCAUUGAGUGGGGCUGGGCACUUCUCCAUGAGAAUACCAUGAUUGCAGCAGCUAGCAUCGCAGGCCCCAGCGAGCUCUUCAUCAAGAGUGGCUCCACCCUUGUGCUGAGCUGCAUCGCCCUCCUCCACCCUGACGCCGUCAGCAAGGUGGACUGGCUACACAACCUUACCAAACUCUCCGUAGCGGGUCCACGAGGCGGUGUAAGCGUCCACACGGAGAAAGCUGGUCAGCUGCUCUCCUCCAAGCUGUCUGUGGUGAAGGUAGCAGCCAGCGACGCCGGCAACUAUACUUGCCAUCCAGAUUCUGUAGAACCAGCCUCCGCCACCGUAUUCAUUGUUGACGAGGAGUUCCCCGCAGCGAUGCACCACGACAACGGAGCCAGCAGUAGGCAGCCACUGGGGACUCUGGCUAACGUGGCUGUGAACAUCAACCUUGCUCUCCUGGCUUCUGCUAAUCAAAUUUCUGCUUUUUCCUAUAACUGUUUGUUUUAUUCUCUCUUAUAACUAGACCUGAAAAUAGUAUAUAUUUUUAUGACAUUCAAAUAUUUAAUGUAUAUACUUGAGAAAAAUGAUUGAAUCGUAAUAAACAGUGUGAAUAUAAGUGAGUUCAAGUGUUUAUAUGUGUUUAUAUAUGUAAUAAUAUGUAUAUAACAAAAUUUUAAUCAACAAAUAGCUUAUUCAAGAUAUAUAAAAGUCGCGCCGAAUAAACCAAACUGGGGAGUCCAGCCUACAGAGCAGCAGUGUUUUUCUGUUGAAUAUACAGAAUAAAAAUUUGGUAUUGCAAAAAAAUACAUAUGUAACUGAUUUUAUGCAUCAACAAGUGUGACAGAA